AUGGAGAUCAUGGGGAUGACGGGGUUGAUGGGGGGGGAUGAUGGAGUUGAUGGAGAUGAUGGAGAUGAUAGGGAUGAUGGGGAUGAUGGGGAUGACAGGGGUGAUGGGGAUGAUGGGUGUGAUGGGGAUGAUGGAGAUGAUGGAGAUGAUGAGGAUGAUGGGGUGUAUGGGGAUGAUGGGGAUGAUGGAUAUGAUGGGGGUGAUGGGGAUGACAGGGAUGAUUGGGUUGAUGGGGAUAAAGGGGGUUAUGGGGGUGAUGUGGAUGAUGGGGAUGAUGGGGAUGAUGGAGAUAAUAGUGAUGAUGGGGGUGAUGGGGAUGAUGGAGAUGAUGGAGAUGAUGGGGAUGAUGGAGAUGAUGGGGGGGGUGAUGGGGAUGAAGGGGGUGAUGGAGAUGAUGGAGGUGAUGGGGAUGACGUGGAUGAAGGGGGUGAUGGGGAUGAUGGAGAUGAUGGGGAUGAAGGGGGUGAUAGGGCUGAUGGGGAUGAUGGAGAUGAUGGUGAUGAAGGGGGUGAUGGGGAUGAUGGUUGUAAUGGGGAUUAUGGAGAUGAUGGAGAUGAUGGAUUUGAUGGGGAUUAUGGAGAUGAUGGAGAUGAUGGAUUUGAUGGGGAUGAUGAUGAUGAUGGAGAUGAUGGAGAUGAUAGGGGUGAUGGGGAUGAAGGGGCUGAUGGAGAUGAUG